UCGGCCGCGGCCCGGACGGUGUGAGAGCUGUAAGAUGGCGGCGGCGGCGGUGGUAGAGUUCCAGAGAGCCCAGUCUCUACUCAGCACCGACCGGGAGGCCUCCAUCGACAUCCUCCACUCCAUAGUGAAGCGUGACAUUCAGGAGAAUGAUGAGGAGGCAGUGCAGGUCAAAGAGCAGAGCAUCCUGGAACUGGGGUCUCUCCUGGCGAAGACUGGACAAGCUGCAGAGCUUGGAGGACUCCUGAAGUAUGUGCGACCCUUCUUGAAUUCCAUAAGCAAGGCUAAAGCAGCUCGUCUUGUCAGAUCGCUUCUGGAUCUGUUUCUUGAUAUGGAAGCAGCUACAGGGCAGGAGGUUGAGUUGUGUUUAGAGUGCAUCGAAUGGGCCAAAUCAGAGAAAAGAACAUUCUUACGCCAAGCUUUGGAGGCAAGACUAGUGUCUUUGUACUUCGAUACCAAGAGGUACCAGGAAGCAUUGCAUUUGGGUUCUCAGCUGUUGCGGGAGUUGAAAAAGAUGGAUGACAAAGCCCUUUUGGUGGAAGUACAGCUUUUAGAAAGCAAAACGUACCAUGCCCUCAGCAACUUGCCGAAAGCCCGAGCUGCCUUAACCUCUGCUCGAACCACAGCAAAUGCCAUCUACUGCCCCCCUAAAUUGCAGGCCACAUUGGAUAUGCAGUCAGGUAUUAUUCACGCAGCAGAGGAGAAGGACUGGAAAACUGCAUACUCAUAUUUCUAUGAGGCAUUUGAGGGUUAUGACUCCAUUGAUAGCCCCAAGGCCAUCACCUCUCUGAAGUACAUGUUGUUGUGCAAAAUCAUGCUCAACAGCCCAGAAGAUGUCCAGGCUCUGGUGAGCGGGAAGCUUGCACUGCGGUAUGCAGGGAGGCAGACAGAAGCAUUAAAAUGUGUGGCCCAGGCUAGCAAGAACAGGUCACUCGCAGAUUUUGAGAAGGCCCUGACAGAUUACCGGGCAGAGCUCCGGGAUGACCCAAUCAUCAACACCCACUUGGCCAAGUUGUAUGAUAACUUACUGGAACAGAAUCUGAUCCGAGUCAUUGAGCCUUUUUCCCGAGUACAGAUUGAACACAUAUCUAGCCUCAUCAAACUCUCCAAGGCCGAUGUGGAAAGGAAAUUAUCACAGAUGAUUCUUGACAAGAAAUUUCAUGGGAUCUUGGACCAGGGGGAGGGUGUUUUGAUUAUUUUCGAUGAACCCCCAGUAGAUAAAACUUAUGAAGCUGCUCUGGAAACAAUUCAGAACAUGAGUAAAGUGGUGGAUUCUCUCUACAACAAAGCCAAGAAACUGACAUAGAGUUGGAUCUGUAGCGGUCCUUUGGCGAGUGUGUGUGGCGGGAGAGUGAAACCUUUGGGGAAAAUGCUAGGAGAUUCUUUUUUCUUUUUGUUCUACUUUUCGCUCGGAAAGUUUUUAAAUCCUCAUUUGGUGCAUCUGUAUUCCAGCUGAUAGGUGUGCCAGUUUUCAUGUAAUCUUUACUGGCCCAACUUGGGAGUGGGGACAUUGCUUACAAAAAAAAGAAAAAGAAAAAAAAGAUGAUUCUAAAUAAAAGGAAAAGGCUUACACUACCUAAAGCUGUGCUCUCUGCCUCCUGGGAGAGGGCUGCCAAGCCAGGCGCUCCGCCAGCCACCGGGCUCCCAAUCCACCCGCUGGCGGCACCUCUCCUCUUCAGAAUUGGGUGUUUGCCUGACCAUCAAAGCAAUGACUUUUUAUUCUGUUUGUACUGAACCAAAACAAACAACUGUGUAUAGACUGCUAUUUUCUUUUUUAUUUGAAAUGAGGCAUUUUGGUGUUCUUUCCCCUGUCAUACGGCUGUCCACCCACCUUCCCUCCACAAAGGCUCCAGCAGACUGGCUGAAGGUCCCGCCACCGCCCCAGCAGCAGCAGCAGCAGCUCCGCUCGGACCUGGGAAGGACAGGGGACGAGGCCAGGAGCUAGUGUCCACCACGGCCACACAGGAGCAUGUGGGCCCUCGCGGGGCCUGCUGUGCAUGUGGCUCUUUUUAACACAGUAAACUAGAUUAGACGUCAGUGUUUUAAUUGCCCCUCUCCUCUGCUCUUUCUCUUCCUUCUCUCUCCCCUCUCUCAGCCAGGAGACCAUCACGUGUCUCUUCUUCCUCCUUCCCCCUCGGGAAGGCGGGCUGUCCGACCUCCACUAGCUUCUCUCCCUGUCCCACUCCUCUCCUGCUGGCCGAUGGAUGUAUUCCGUUUUAAAACAGUGAACAUCGGAAAUGAGACUUUGGGGUGUGUUUAUUUUUAUUUUUGUUGUUGGGUUUUCGAGCAACCUCAUGUCCCCUUCCCAGGGAGCCUCUUUCCUUUCUUCUUAGACCCGGAAGGGGGGAGGUGAGCCUGUGUACCGCAUGCUUUGUCUGUGGCGAGGUCACACAGUGGAUGCCACUGGCAGGUGAGCUUCGCGCCUCUGGGUGCUCAGCUCCCUCUUCCUCCUCAGCUCUUGUCUUCUUCCUUCCUCUCCCUCCUGCUUCCUUCUUGCUGGCCUCCUUUUGUCUUUCUUUCCCUUUCUCAGAUGAUCCUUCCAGGUUUUCGUAAUAAAUUUAUAUUUUGUAAAAGGAUUUUGUUGUACCAGGUUUUGCAUCCUCACUGAAUCUGACUGGCUCUUAUUUUCCUCUCCAAAAUCAGGUUUUUAUUCUCAACAUCUCUCCCCAUCAUGUCCAGUCACUGUUUUGGUUUUGGCACCAUCAAUAUCAAAUGUACAAACGGUUCUUGCUAACCAACACCAGGUAUAUCUGAUGUUCAGAUGAGUUCCAAUAAAAACAAUUUUUUUUUCAAAA